AUGGACGAUGAACUCGAGAGUUAUAGGUCAAAAAUUAUUGGUCAUGAUGAUGUUUAUGUAGCGGGACAUGUACUUGUUUAUCCUAGCUAUAAUGGUUUUUUUGAGAAACCUGGAUUGUUUUUAGACCAAAUGUUUGUGAGGAAGUGUUAUAGAGGGAUGAAGUUUGGUAAAUUGUUGUUUUCUACUGUUGCUAUGCAAGCUGAGAAAAUGGGAAUGGGGAUGGUUGAUUGGCUUGUGGCUGAUUGGAAUGAAGAAACUAUUAAUUUCUAUGAGAAAAUGGGAGCUCAUUAUAUUCCUGAAUAUAGGCUUUGUAAAUUAUACGGUGAUCAACUUCAAGCAUUUGGUAAGAAAUCUGAUUAUGAGCCGAGGAUUUAUCAGAAAUAA